UUCCGUGAAACUUCCCUAUACCUACGGUAGUUAGUUAGUCACACGUUGAAGUCUAGUUUGUUUGUACCCAACAAUGUUCCAUCAAAAAUGUGUGUUUUUGUGUGAUUCGAAUUUACAAUAAACUAUUUAGUGCAAUUUUAAAUUCGGUGCAAUUGAAAUUGUCCAUUUGUUCGUUUUCAAUUUGACUAGAUUUGGCGAUACCUAUAGUGUUUAUUAUCAUUCGUUCUUUUAAAAAAUGGGCUUUUGUAUUUACGAUAUCAGGUCAUGUUUCUGUUUCUCGCUUCGUGUUGGAACUUUAAUUACAUUAUAUUUAGUACUGCUGGUCAACAUUUUGUUAAUUCCAGUACUGAAAAUCACUUUUUCCAGUUAUCCAGAACCUCUCAACAGUAGUAAUAUUGAUAAUGGAUCAAUCUCAGAAACAAGUAACAGAAAAAGACUUUUAGUACCUGUGGUAGUGUAUCUGCUUUUCACAGUGGCACAAAGUUUCGCUCUCUCGGGUGCAAUUUUAUGUUUUCAUUGUAACUUACAGAAACAUUGGCUUGGGCAAAUGCCUCUGCUCUGCAGCAUGGCAUAUGAAUUAAUGAUUCCAUUACUCGAUUUUAUAUCCAUCUUUAAAGCUGAAGACAAAUAUGAGGAUUUGUGUUCGGAAACACGAAGAAGUGAAGAAGUUAUUGGAAAUCCCGAAUUCCAAAAGGUAGCCGAGAUGUGUUGUGAACUUACGUUGCUGUUAUUCUGCAGUGAUAUGUGGAUUCUACGUAUAGUUUACAUUCUUUUCGUCGUGUGGGUAUUGAACAGUUAUUUUCAUAUCGAAAUGAUGGGGAGACCUGCUCGCGGUCUUCGCGAGGCAUUUGAUAUCAUUAUGGGAUACUACGUCAAUGAUGAAGAAACUGAUAAUGAUGUUCCUGCAUCUUCAGAUCAAAGAAAGGAAAAUGUUGCUUCUAAGGUUUCCACCCGAUAUAAGCCUUCGGGGUACGGAUUUCGAAUUCCAGGUCUUUGGAUUUGGAUUUGGUGUGUGAAGUUAACACGUUCCAAGAGAGUCGAAUCCAAGCGACAUGCAAAACAGAAAAUCUCGGUGGCCAACCCUGAGAUGACGCCAGUAUGAGCAAAAAUGACCAUUAAUUUAUGAAUUAUGAAUUUUAUCCAAAUGAGUGAGUGAACGGAUUUCCAGUUUAAGAGAUUUCUAGUUCCUUUCCUAAAAGACUUGAAUUUUUUUAAUUUUAUAAGUUUUUGGUCCAUACCUUACAUAUCUAUUUAGGUACCUAGCUAAUUAAAUUUUUUACUUGAAAAAACAAUCAAAUCUGUUCACAAAAAUAUCGCAUCAUAUUCAUAUACUUAGGUACAAAUAAAAUUCUUAAGCUCAUCCCUUCGUGCGACGUUUGGCAUUCGUGACAUUUUUCAGCAACACCUGUGUUAAAAUUUGACACUCAUGAGGACACUCUUUAGUAAAAUGGCACUCUCGCUAUUCGAUUCGAUGGUUUUGGCUCUCAGAUGGCGCUGGUUCUACUCUGCAGUUGCUCAAUAAUCAUUAGGUACUUUUUCCAGGGUUUUCUAUUUUUUUUUAUUUUUUGAGAGUUUUUUCAAUUUUCCGUUGGACAUUACGGGAAAAACUAGCGGAAUAAAAUGUAAAGUUACUUAAUUCUUAUUUUAUUCAAAAAACAUUUGCGUAAAAACACGCAUUGCAGCAGAGUGCAUAAUAAGCUAGUACCCACUCAAAUAAGUAUUUUAUUAAGAUUAUUGCAUUUUGUUCUUUUAUAGGUGUGUAUGUACAUUAUUUUUUAUGGAUGUGACUGAUAAUGUGAUGAUUUACUGUCAAAUAUAAACGAACUGGUGCACUUAUAA